AUGGUGGCGGCGGGGACGAUGGCGGUGGUGGGGAGGGCGGAGACGAUGGCGGCGGCGACGUGGGCGGCGGAGGCGAGGCAGGAGGCGGCGUGGGCGGCGUCGGCGGAGGCGCCGGUGGUGACGGCGUGGGCGGCGGAGGCACCGGCGGCGGCGGCGUGGGCGGCGGAGGCGACGGCGAGGCUGCUCGUCGCGGGCGCGCUGCUGGCAGCCACCUGCGCGCUUGCGCUGAUCGGCGCCUCCCCAACUCUCGCCUCCCCAACUCUCGCAGUGGCUGAACCGCCGAAACCCUUCGUCGACGCUGCCCAUGCCGCGUCCGUCUCGCCCGAGGCUGCCAAGGCUGGCUUUGCCUCGGCGGUAAAGGCGAUGCAGGAGGGAAAGAGUCCUGCGGAGGCCAUGCGAGCGGCGGAGAAGGCGGCCGAGAAGGCACAAGAGGACGCGGGCGCAAAGAGCAUGCUGCUCGCGGCCGACCCAUCCAAGAUGCCGGACACCAAGCCGUUUGUCGACGCCGCUCACGCGGCGUCGCGCUCGCCCGAGGCGGCCAAGGCUGCGGCCGCAUCGGCGAUCAAGGCCAUGCAGGAGGGGAAGAGCCCGGCAGAGGCGAUGCAUGCUGCCGAGAAGGCGGCCAAGGAGGCGCAAGAGAUGGUCGGCUGGGCGUCGGCCAAGGAAAUGUCGUUGCUGACGGUUCAGGGAGGCAAGCCGGGUGAUGACAAGGACGAGGCAGACGAAGACGAGACCGACAAAGACGAGAGCGAGGAGGAGAAGAAGAGCGACGAGCAGAAGGAGUGGAAGCGGAUGGGACAGGCAAUCGGCGAUGACUGGAAGUCAAAGGGGCAGGCAAUCGGCGAUGACUGGAAGUCAAAGGGACAGGCAAUCGGCGAUGACUGGAAGUCAAAGGGACAGGCAAUCGGUGAUGACUGGAAGUCAAAGGGACAGGCAAUCGGCGAUUACUGGAAGUCAAAGGGCAAGCAGAUGGGCGAUACCGACUGGAAGGCCUUGGGUGACAAGAUGAAGGACAUGGGCAAAGACGCCCAGGAGACCGGUGGGUGGUCGUGGCCGUCGUUCGAGAAAUUCUGGAACCCCUGCCACUAA